AUGAGAAAAUUUAUUGAAAAUAAAUUUGCAAUACUAUUCUACGGACUUCAGGUUAAAAUUAUAUACUUUUUCUUGUUUAUUUCAUUUAACAAGGUAUUGACUAAUGAUAAGCUAAACCUAUUAAGGAAAUGGCUCCCCAGCUGGGCUGAUACAAGUUUUUUUGAGUUGACUAAACUCUAUAUACCUAUAAAAUAUAGAAACAUUCAGAUUUGUGAGUAUAAUAUUUUAACUACCGGAGAUAAAGUAGAUACUGAACCUGAAUGGCUAAAAAUCAAUAGAUUAAACUAUGCAGUAAUCCAUGGCUAUUGCUACUUUCACUUUAGUUGUAAAUCUGCAUGCAACUGCAAAUUUCCUCAUUUUUGGAGAUAUUUGGCAGUAAUUGAAUUAUAUGAAAUAGUAGAGCAAGUAAAAUUAGAAUUUAAUACUAUGUCAUAUUUAAGUACACCAUUUGUAUUAUAUAUGGAUACAGAUAUAAUGUUUACCAAUUAUUCUUUUAAGAUAGAAUAUAUACAUCAAUGUAUUUCAGAUUCUUCACUAUUCUUUGCAGUUGAUGAUAAUUGUAAAAGUUCACUAUAUCCAAUAAAUGUUGGAGUUAUUUUAGCAUCACUGAAUAAUUAUGAUACUAUACUUUUUUGCUAUAGCGUGCUUACAUUACAAAGGAAUCAUUUUAUAUUAAAUCAUACAUCUCAUUGGGGAUCAUCAGGGUUAAAUGAUCAACCAAUUGUUAUGCAACUGUUAAAUGAUACUGGUAGAAUAAAUAUCAAGGUAAUAAACGAGUACUGUAGUACACAAACUUCAACCAGCCAAAAUUUGUUCAAUAUUAAUGUUCCAGUAGAGAAACCAGGGGUUUCUGUAAUACCAUCUCGCUACCUAAAUUCAAUUACUAGAAGUGAAGAUUGGAUUCUAUAUAAAGAUAAAGAGGAACUAAGAACAAUUCAAGGUUGGGAUAAAAAUAGUUGGACUUGUCAUUUUAGUGGUGCAAAUUCAUCUACUAUUCCAUUUUUAAUUUGGAAUAUAUGUAAUGAACUUCAAACUGAGCAGAAAUUCGGAUUUAUUUGCCCAUAUAACUUAAAUAAAAUUUUAACUAUUGAAUAUUUAGAAAUAACUGAAAAAGAUGAAAGGAGACGUUUACAUAUUUUAUCAUAUCCAAAUUAUUUAUUUUUAAGGGAGUCAACUAAAUUUGUAUCCAGUAUUGAAAAUGUAAAAAUAAUGUUUUUAAAACUUUCCUUUGCAUAUUCAGAUAUCUUGAUCAAGUAA